AUGUCUGCCUUCUGCCUGGGCUUGGCCGGCCGCGCUUCAGCACCCGCGGAGCCGGACAGCGCCUGCUGCAUGGAGCUGCCCACUGGGGUCGGGGACGCAUCCCGGAGUCCCGCCGCCGCCCUCAUCUCCUUCCCCGGGAGCCCCGGGGAGCUGGAACUGGCGUUAGAGGAGGAGCUGGCGCUGCUGGCGGCCGGGGAGCGGCCGUCCGAACCCGGGGAGCAUCCUCAGGCCGAGCCCGGGCCUUCGGCCGCGGGGGCCGGACCGCAGCCGCCGCCUGCCCAGGACCCCGAGCUGCUGUCGGUGAUCCGGCAGAAGGAAAAGGAUCUGGUGUUGGCGGCUCGGCUGGGCAAGGCACUGCUGGAGAGGAACCAAGACAUGAGCCGGCAGUACGAGCAGAUGCAUAAGGAGCUGACAGACAAGCUGGAGCACUUAGAACAAGAGAAACAUGAACUGAGAAGGCGAUUUGAGAACCGAGAAGGAGAAUGGGAAGGGCGAGUGUCAGAGCUGGAGAGUGAUGUGAAACAGCUACAGGAUGAGUUGGAGAGGCAGCAAGUUCAUCUGCGAGAAGCAGAUCGAGAAAAAACACGGGCUGUCCAGGAAUUGUCAGAACAGAACCAAAGGUUAUUGGAUCAACUCAGCAGGGCAUCAGAAGUUGAGAGACAACUCUCUAUGCAGGUCCACGCCCUCAGAGAAGACUUUCGGGAGAAAAACUCAUCAACCAACCAGCACAUCAUCCGGCUGGAGAGCCUUCAGGCUGAGAUCAAGAUGCUGUCAGAUCGGAAACGGGAGCUGGAGCAUCGUCUCAGCGCCACCUUAGAGGAAAAUGACCUGCUCCAAGGGACCGUGGAGGAGCUGCAGGACCGGGUGCUGAUCCUGGAGAGGCAGGGCCAUGACAAAGACCUACAGCUGCACCAAAGCCAGCUGGAGCUCCAGGAGGUGCGGCUUUCCUACCGACAGCUGCAGAUGAAGGUGGAAGAACUCACUGAGGAGAGGAGUCUGCAGAGCUCGGCUGCCACCAGCACAUCCCUCCUGUCAGAGAUUGAGCAGAGCAUGGAGGCCGAAGAGCUGGAGCAAGAGAGAGAACAGCUGAGACUGCAGCUCUGGGAAGCCUACUGCCAGGUUCGCUAUCUCUGUGCACACCUUCGAGGAAAUGACAGUGCCGACUCAGCCGUCUCCACAGACUCUUCAAUGGACGAGUCUUCAGAAACCUCAUCUGCCAAGGAUGUGCCAGCUGGCAGCUUGCGCACUGCCCUCAACGAGCUCAAGAGACUGAUACAGAGCAUUGUGGAUGGCAUGGAGCCCACGAGCUCCCGGAGAAUUGAUGAUGACUCCUUAGAAGAACAGAUAAGGCAGACCAGUGAGGACUCAAGAGCCCUAAGGGAACUCAUGGAGGGAGAGAGGGGUAAACUGAGGCAAAGCCUAGAAGAGCUGCAGCAACUCCACAGCCAGGUGACACUGCUGAGUGUGGAGAUGACUGCACUGAAAGAGGAGAAGGACCGACUCAGAGUGACAUCUGAGGACAAGGAGCCAAAGGAGCAGCUUCAAAAGGCCAUCAGGGACCGGGAUGAGGCCAUUGCAAAGAAGAAUGCUGUGGAAGUGGAACUUGCCAAGUGCAAGAUGGACAUGAUGUCUCUGAACAGCCAGCUGCUGGAUGCCAUUCAGCAAAAGCUGAACCUCUCACAGCAGCUUGAGGCUUGGCAGGAUGACAUGCACAGGGUCAUAGACCGGCAGCUGAUGGACACACACCUGAAGGAGCGGGGCCGGCCUGCUCCUGCCUUCUCCAGAGGCCAUGGCGCAGGGCCGGGGGACGAGCCCAGCACCACCGAAGGCAACAGGCUCUUCUCAUUCUUCAGGAAGAUUUAAGUUGGGAGUAGUCGGGCCACGGAGGGUGGGUGGACAGAAAGUGGCUGAAAGGUCACGCGGACAAGGGCCUCCUGCAGCUUGGGGCUUGGCUGCUGUGCCACCUGCCCGCACUGGGUCCAGUCAGUCCCAGAGGGCCCACUCCAUGUGUCGGUGGGGAUGGGGACCGAGAGGUGGGGCCUGCCUGGCCUCUGCAGGCUGCCCUCCACAGCAGGAUGGGGAGGAGCCCUGUCCCCACUACCUGGCCAAGACCAAGCCUGGGCUUCCCUAGGAUACCCUUACCGAGCAGGGCUCAGGCCGCCUCCAGAGUGGCCCCUUGAUUGGGCUCUGCCUCUCAGACCCAGUGGAUUGUGGCCCCACUCUGCAGGCACUGCUGCCUCCUCGGUUUUAGAAAACUGGAGAGAAGAAAUGGAGGCCUUUCUCUGCAUGCCUCAGGAGGCCUGAGCCUCUGUUCCCUCCCCAGCCCCUGACCCAGGGAGUAAGGGGAGACUGCAGCCCUCAUCCACGCGCAUGCCCCUCCGCUGGAGCACCUUUGUGGGCAGGAGCCUGACCCUAGCUUGGUUGAGGCCAUCCCCUGAGCCCAGGGAGGAAGAAGGGCCCUGUCCCCUGGCUGCCACUGCUGUCCCUCCCUAACCACCUCCAGUGCAGUCCUUCCCUUGUUGUGGGGUCGGGGCCAAGCAGUGUGUUCUUGCUGGCCCUCUGCAGGCUUUAGCCACCCAGCCUGUUCCCCUUCAUAGGGCCUGGGCUGGGAGGGAUCUCCUCCAUGGUCCCCUGCUCCCCUCACAUAUGCAACUUUUUGGCUCAGCCAAGCAAGGCCAGGCCACAGAUGGUCCCAGAGGAGUCUGUGGGUCAGCCACCCCCAUGUCAAGAGGUCAGCACCACAGAGUGGAUGGGGGAGGCUGCUGGGAGUUUGCCUGCCAGGCCUGCAAAAAGACCAGGCCUGCAGACUGCUGCUUCUGCUCCUGCCUCAGCAGCCGCUCCACUCCACCUGCUCUGCUGAGUUAGGCCCAACUCCAAGGCUCUGCGGGCCGGGCCAGCCCACAGCUUCCAACUGACCCAGUCUCCCUCCCUCACACGGGACAAGCACAGCAGGGAUGAGCAGAAAGAAUGUACCUAUAGAUAUGUACAUACCACAGUGCUGUAAUUUUGUAUGUAGCAAUCAUGUAAAUACAUGUAUGGAUUUUAUAAUAUACAUAUAUACAAAUCUAUAAAGGCAUAUUUUUAGAAAAACAGCACACCACUGCUUCUUUUG